UUCUCAAUUGACAUGACAAAUCACCAAGACACCAACCAGCAUGGAUCAAACUGUCAAACCGAAGAAGUUCACCUCUAUUUGCAUAAAGGCCUCAUCUAACUUUUGUUUCCUUUCUCAAACCUGACGGGUACAAGUUCGUGACCUUCUCUCCUUCGACCGCCUGCCUAGUGCCUAGCACGCCCGGCUUCCUCCUCUGUUUUCGUCUGAGCAACUUGAACGCGCUCUAGGUACUCCACGGGUGUCCUUCCUUCCUGAAAUUUGAAGCAAGUCAAAGCGACACAGUGAAGUUAAUGAGAAAAAGGCAACGGUGGAGAGAGAGAGACUGAACAAGGUAAGAAGUGAAGAGCCUAUCGCUGCGCAGGCUAGUUAGUUAUGGUGUCAAGCCAUGGAGAUUGGACAGUUUUCCCGUUUGUGGGACCUCCAACUUGGUGAAAUGGAGAUGAUGUUAUGAUCCAGAAGACGACGAUGACAUCGUCACCACCACCACCACCGCCCACCCACCCCUUCAUCCGGUGCUGGAAUUCGCAUUCAGUCUCAAAUCCCGACUUCCCUUUGAUCACUGGGCACCAUGGUCAUCCGAGGCUUCUCCGUCUCCCUACCUUUCACCAUCAUGUUCGUCGUCCCCGCCAUUUUCGUCAUGCUAUUGCCUCCACUCACCAUCCAAAACACGUCUCCCGAUUUUCCCUGCCGGCCACCAAACCACAACUCUUACCCCUUCUGCAACUCGUCGCUCCCCGUCUCGGUCCGGGCCCGCUCCUUUCUUUCUCUCCUCACCCUCCCGGAGAAGAUCCUGCAGCUCUCCAACAACGCCUCUUCCAUCCCGAGGCUCGGCAUCCCGGCGUUCGAAUGGUGGUCGGAGUCCCUCCACGGUAUCGCCACCAACGGACCCGGCGUCAACUUCAGCGGCGCCGUCUCUUCCGCCACGGUCUUCCCUCAGGUGAUCCUAACCGCUGCUUCCUUCAACAGGACUCUCUGGAACCUGAUCGCGAAGGCAAUUGCUGCCGAAGCAAGGGCCAUGUAUAACGUUGGUCAGGCAGGGCUCACCUACUGGGCGCCCAAUAUCAAUAUAUUCAGAGACCCAAGAUGGGGAAGAGGCCAGGAGACGCCUGGCGAGGACCCAUUGGUGGUUGGUGCUUAUGCCGUGGAGUAUGUCAAGGGCUUCCAGGGAGAGUAUGGCGAUUAUGGUGGCCCUCGAGAUGGUCUUGGCGGGUUUCCCGAGAAGAGAUUUCUAGAAGGAACCGAUGGUGGUAGUAGAUUGAUGCUUUCUGCCUGUUGCAAACAUUUCAUAGCUUAUGAUCUUGAGAAAUGGGGAAAUUUCACGCGUUACACCUUCAAUGCGCAGGUAUCUGUGCAAGACAUGGAGGAUACAUAUGAGCCUCCAUUCAAAAGCUGCAUCCAGGAUGGCCAUGCCAGCUGCCUGAUGUGCUCCUACAAUGAGAUCAACGGGGUGCCCGCUUGUGAGCUCAGUGAUCUCUUUGAGACCGCUCGGAAGCAAUGGGGAUUCAACGGAUACAUUACUUCCGACUGUGAUGCUGUAGCAACGAUCUAUGAAUACCAAGAGUAUGCACCUACCCCUGAGGAUGCUGUUGCCCGAGCUCUCCAAGCAGGAAUGGAUAUUAAUUGCGGAACGUAUUUGCUGCGCCACACACAAGCUGCUGUUGAGAAAGGAAAGCUUACAGAGUCUGACAUAGACCGUGCACUCUUCAAUCUGUUUACUGUUCAGCUGCGUCUUGGAGUUUUCGAUGGUGAUCCAAGGAAGCAGACGUAUGGUGGCAUUCAAACAAGUGAAGUGUGCAGCAGCGUGCACAGGCAGCUGGCUUUGGAGGCUGCUAGACAGGGUAUUGUGCUGUUGAAGAAUGAGAAGAAUUUCUUGCCACUAACUGCAUCAGAAGUUGAAUCGAUAGCUAUCAUAGGUCCAGCAGCAAAUGACACAAAUAUACUUGGGGGAGAUUACACAGGUUUCCCUUGUGAUGCAAGGAGCAUUUUAUAUACCUUUCAGAAUUACAUCAAAAAUGUCUCUUAUGCUGAUGGAUGCAGAGAUAUUGCCUGUAAUUCAUCUGAUGGAUUUCAGCAAGCCGUUGGUGUCGCCAAAAUGGUUGACACUGUCAUAAUAUUUGCUGGAGUCGAUUUGUCACAGGAGAAGGAAGACCUUGAUCGCACAAGUCUAUCGUUGCCUGGAAAGCAGCAGGAUCUUGUACUUGCAGUAGCCAAAGUUAGUAAAAUACCUGCAAUUCUGGUCCUUGUGGGUGGUGGCCCUGUUGAUGUUUCAUUUGCCAGAGACAACGAAUUGAUUGGCAGCAUUCUGUGGAUUGGAUACCCAGGGGAAGCUGGUGGACAAGCACUGACGGAAGUGAUUUUUGGAGAGCACAAUCCAGGCGGCCGUCUUCCGGUAACGUGGUAUCCUGAAUCAUUCACGUCUGUGCCUAUGAACAACAUGAACAUGCGCCCAAAUGCAUCUCGUGGCUACCCUGGUCGGACGUAUCGAUUUUACACAGGAGAAGUGAUAUAUGAAUUUGGGCAUGGUUUGAGCUAUACCAACUAUUCAUACAAAAUUAUAUCAGCGCCAGAUAAAGUUUCCGUGGUGGGAGAAUUGUAUGAGAACUAUGGAAAGGAUCACUUUCAUAUCGACGAGCUGCCCUCAUGUGAAAAGCUGGCAUUUUCACUGCAUGUCUCUGUCUUCAAUGAGGGCAAUCGACAUGGAAGUAAUGUCGUCAUGCUUUUCUCCGGUGGGCCUAAAGGGUUCAAAGGUUCACCGCGGAAGCAGCUGAUUGGUUUUGAGCGUGUUCAUGUAAAGUCUCAGGAAACCACUAAUGUCAUCUUCUUGGUGAGGCCAUGUGAUCAUCUAAGCCUUGCGGAUGAGAAUGGACAGAGGAUUAUAGCCAUUGGAGCUCAUGUUAUAAUGGUCGGAGGGGAGCAGCAUAUUAUUCACGUCGACAACUGAAAAAUUUGCUGUAACUAAGAAGCAAGUUGUCACUGCCCAACAAGCGUCUAUUUUUAUGCCUGUAUCUAUACCCUUAGCAGAAAUGUAUCAUAUGUAGUCCAUCCAUUAAUUAGUAAUUCAUGUUUUCUUUCUUUUUUUAUUUA